UUAUUCGAUUAUUGUCACUGCUCUCUGACCAUGCACUGUCCCUUCAGACUCUCAUUUCCCAACUAAGUCAGUCAGAGGAGGCUAAGUGUCCAUUAGGACGUACUCUAAGAGCGCAAACCACCUUGUUCCACGUGAAAAGACGGAACAAAGAGUGAAGAGAGCAAGGGGAACCCUGCAAGUUUAGCUGGCAACCUUCUCACCUACUGCAUUACUGGCCAGACACAAACAAGAAGGGCUAUGAGUGGUCCGGGAGAUUGCUCUAGUUAAUUGGCAAAGGGGAGCUGGCUGGGAGGAGGGGAACCCAGGAGGAGGGAGAACUGGGCAUUUCAGUGCACUGCAGGAUGGCAUCGCCUCUGCCCUGGCUCUACAUUGUUCUAUGGGUAGAAAAUGCCCUAGGGAAACUGGAAGAUGAAGGAAACGUCUACUCCAGAAACAUCAGUCGGAUCCUGGACAACUUGCUUGAAGGCUAUGACAAUCGGCUGCGACCGGGAUUUGGAGGUGCUGUCACUGAAGUCAAAACAGACAUUUACGUAACAAGUUUUGGGCCCGUGUCAGAUGUGGAGAUGGAGUAUACAAUGGACGUUUUCUUCCGCCAGACUUGGACCGAUGAGAGGUUGAAGUUUGGGGGGCCAGCUGAGAUUCUGAGUUUGAAUAACCUGAUGGUCAGUAAAAUCUGGACACCUGACACUUUUUUCAGGAAUGGCAAAAAAUCAAUUGCUCACAAUAUGACAACUCCUAACAAACUCUUCAGAAUAAUGCAGAAUGGAACAAUUCUAUACACCAUGAGGCUUACUAUCAACGCUGACUGUCCUAUGAGGCUGGUUAACUUUCCUAUGGAUGGGCAUGCUUGUCCACUCAAGUUUGGGAGUUAUGCUUACCCCAAAAGUGAAAUCAUAUAUACAUGGAAAAAAGGACCACUUUACUCAGUGGAAGUCCCAGAAGAAUCUUCAAGCCUCCUUCAGUAUGAUCUGAUUGGACAAACAGUAUCUAGUGAGACAAUUAAAUCUAACACAGGUGAAUACGUAAUAAUGACAGUUUAUUUCCACUUGCAAAGGAAGAUGGGCUAUUUUAUGAUACAGAUCUAUACUCCUUGCAUUAUGACGGUCAUUCUUUCCCAGGUGUCCUUCUGGAUUAAUAAGGAGUCUGUUCCGGCCAGAACUGUCUUUGGGAUCACCACUGUCUUAACCAUGACCACUCUAAGCAUCAGUGCCAGGCACUCCUUGCCAAAAGUGUCUUAUGCGACCGCCAUGGAUUGGUUUAUAGCUGUUUGCUUUGCUUUUGUCUUCUCUGCUCUUAUUGAGUUCGCAGCUGUCAACUACUUUACCAAUCUUCAGACACAGAAGGCCAAAAGGAAGGCACAGAUUGCAGCCUCACCCCCAGUGACAAUAGCAAAAGCGACUGAACCCUUGGAAGCUGAGAUUGUUUUGCAUCCUGAUUCCAAGUGCCAUCUGAAGAAAAGAAUCACCUCUCUGACAUUGCCAAUUGUUCCAUCCCCCAAGGCCAGCACAGUCCUCACAAGAGCUCCCAUCUUACAGUCAACACCUGUCACCCCACCACCCCUCUCUCCUACCUUUGCGGGUACCAGUAAAAUAGACCAGUAUUCUCGGAUUCUCUUCCCAGUUGCAUUCGCAGGAUUCAACCUUGUAUACUGGAUAGUUUAUCUUUCAAAAGACACGAUGGAAGUGAGCAGCAGUGUUGAAUAGCUUGCAGCCGUAAUAACCUGUAUUCUGUGAGUUCUCAUUUUCUGAAUGUUUAAAAAUAGCAAUGAGACUUGUAUAGAUGCUUUUCUGAACAUGAAAUCGAAAUUGAAAAUCUCUAACACAUAGCUUUGAGUAAGCAUGUAUGGGCAAGAAAAGCAAUAAUGUUACUCCUCAAAAUUGGAAGGUGAAGGUUGGUGGAAAAUAUGACUUUUCUGCACAUUAGAGAAAAUUUUAUAAAAGGAUAAAAUGGAUUCAAGAUGAAUUUGCCAAUCUUUGUCCUUCAUUGUUCAAUAUUUUAAUUGUCACUGUGAAUAUCAUUUACCACAAAGCAAA